AGGGGGGCCGGAGUCCCCCGGUGUCUCCUGCGCUGCCUGCUGCGGCCCUGGGCCCAGGUGCUCCUGCUCUACCUGGUGACCUUUGGGAUCUUGCUGCCCCUGCUGUGUCACGGCCGCCGGCACUCCCGCUACUUCUGGCGCUCGGCCCACCUCGGGCGCCUGACAGCGGAGGCCCUGGAGGGCAGCCGGGCGCGGGGCGAGGAGGCGGAGCGCUACUUUCGGGAGGCCGGGCUGGGUGAGGGGAGCCCCGGGCUGCCUUCGCCAGCCCCCGGCCCCGGCCCCCAGCUGGUGGUGGCCAUCAUCACGAUGCCCAGGGAGCAGGGAGCCGGCUACCACUACUACCUGCAGGUGGCCUCCCAGUUCCACCGGCUGCUGCGGGGCUGCCCCUGGUGCCAGGGGCACCGGCUAUUCGCCUGCAACGUGCACCACCGGCCCCAGGAGCACUGGGAGGCGCGGCUGGCGUCCCGGCUGGUGCCGGUGGCCCAGCGCUUUGGCCCGGGGGCUGAGGCGGACGGGGCCGACAACCGCUUCGAGAAGGAGAAGCAGGACUACCUCUACUGCCUCCACCAGGCGCUGGCCGCCUACUCCCCCCAGCAUGUGCUACUGGUGGAGGACGAUGCCGUGCCCUCCGAGGAUUUCUUCCCGGUGCUCAGGGACCUCUUGGGGCGCCGCCUCUUGGCCCCGCAAGCUCGGGACGCCCUCUAUGUCAAACUCUACCACCCUGAGCGGCUGCAGGGCUACCUCAACCCUGAGCCCAUGAGGAUCCUGGAGUGGCUGGGCCUCGGGGCUUUCUGCGGCACUCUGCUCUCCGGCCUCCACCGCCUGCUGACCGGCAGGCACUCCCCCCUGCUCUUGGCCGCUCUGGCCGCCUUCUCCAUGCUGGUGGCCGAGCUGGCGGGGCGUCACUACCUGCUGGAGGCCCGGCGGCUCAGCCCCCAGCUCUACGCCCUGGUCCCCGCCACCGAGUGCUGCACCCCGGCCAUGCUCUACUCGGCCCCCGCCGCCCGCCGGGUGCUGGCCUACCUGGAGGGCGUCCAGUGCCGCUCGGGCUACGCCAAGGACACGGCCCUCUACGCCCUGCUCAGCCAGCAGGGCGAGAGGGCCUACGCCCUGGAGCCCAACCUGGUCACCCACAUUGGCCUCUACUCCACCCUCAGGGGGUUCAUCGCCCAGCCCAGUCUCUGAGGAGUUGGGCCCCUCCUUCUUCCAACCACUGCCGCUGCUGCCUGCAAGAGAUAAUUAAGAGUAAGGCCGUGACAGAACAAACACUCCCAGGACAGGUACAGCAGCGUAGAGGGAGCUUUACUCUGUAUCUAACCCCGUGCUGUACCUGUCCUGGGAGUGUUUGAUGGGGACAGUGUAGAGGGAGCUUUACUCUGUAUCUA